UGGGGGCAAAGUUUCAGUGCAUUCUGUUGAUGUAGACGGCGUGGAAACGGAAACAACAAGUAUGCCGGCUCACUGUGCUGCAUACAGUUACACACUACGUCGUACGAUUGAGACAAGGAAACUUGGAAUGACUUUUCAUAGGUUUCCCAGAGACUAUGGGCUGAGGAGGAAGUGGGAAGCAGCUCUGAGGACAGAGGGGUUUGCUGCAAAUGAUGAGUGGGUGCUCUGCAGUGAUCAUUUUAAACCUGUGAGUUUGACAGGGAUGAGCAGGUUUGUCGGCUUAGACCUGGUGUCAUUCCAUCAGUGUUUAACUUCCCGGCUCAUCUUGGAAGAGUACGUGCCAGAAAGACCACAACCAAGCAGCCUUGAGAUCUUAGGCAGCGUCUCCCUGAGGUCCCUCUCUAUCUCCCCACACAUCCACCAACCACUGGAACACAUCUCCAAAGUUCUGCUGGGCCAGCUCAGCUUCCCCUCAGAAGAAGUUCCACCAGAUGAAGGAGCCUUUUGAGAGGCAGAUGGCAUCGUGAUUGGACUGUACUUUGGUCUGUUCCAAUCCAGCUUCAGCUCCAGAGAUUGCAGGCGGGACGAGUCAACGGAGGCCGGGUGGACGAAGGCAUACAGCUGAGUACAAUCCAGAAAACAACAGAGGAGGAGUGCAGCAGCCCAGGACCAGAACAAACAGAGUAGCAUUGUAUGUCUCUUAGAAAACAUCAUAGUAUAGCCUUUGGUAUGAAAAAACGCCAUCAUAUACAUCGUAUAUUGUAAAAAUGACAAGUCAAAGGAAAGAGACAUACAUUGUAGAAUUGUAGUAAUUGUGGGCUGACUGAUUUACUGAUUAUCAGUAUUUUAUUUUUUACUGAUUUAUGGUAAUAAAUACAUUUAAAAAUGGUGCUACUUUGGCUCUGAACCUUAAUCUACCUGUGGUCGCUCUGUCUUCUGGAGUGAUUUGAUUGG